AUGGGUUCUGAUCUGCCAGUUCUUCUCGCAGCUAUGUCCAUACUGUCUGCACUCCACAUGGGUUUUCAGGCAAGACUUGUGGGCUGGUCUAGGAUGAAGCAUAAAAUUUUGCCACCUUCUGUUACUGGACCAGCUGAGUUUGAAAGGACAUUUCGCACCCACCAGAAUGGUGUAGAGUUGUAUCCCAUCUUCUUGGUGGUAUUGUGGACCUCUGGCAUCUUUUGCAAUGAAGUACUUGCUGCUCUUGUAGGACUUCUGUAUAUUGUGGGAAGAGAGAUGUACUUUACUGGCUAUAUAAAUGAAACCAAGAAAAGAUUGCCAGGAUUUUACUUGGUUUUGUGUGCCAUAUUAAUCCUAUGUAGGAUGGCCUCUGUUGGAAUCAUUCAAUCAUUCUUGGACAAAUAUCACGACAUCAAACUUUUCUAA